CUACAGUAUCACAUAAGAGGGAAUACAGACACGGAGAGCCAAAAGCUCCCUUUUAAGUAGGCUAAAUAUUUAAUCGAAUUUGGUUGAUGGUGCAACAUGGUAAAAAAUAAAAUUACUAAUUGUACUAAAAUUGGCUAAAAAAACGUUUAACUGAAUGAAGAUGCACUGAACUGGAGAGCUCGGAAGAAACAACGAAUUCCCAAGCGAGGAAAUACGCGGGACGUGGUUUUUAGCAUGAUCUCUUUUGAGUGCAUAAACAGUGAGGGUGUUGACCCUAGCUUACUCGAUAUUCUGCAAUCAAUUACAAGUAUUUGAGGACGACGUCGUAACAUUUUGGUAAUGGCCACACCUUCGGUUGUUGAUUACCACCAUGAGAAGGAGGAGGAUACGGCGAAGGUGCCCGAUGAAGAGCUCCGGGCCCGCCUUUCCGACUGACGCUUCUCCCUCCCUGUACCAUCGAAGCUCCCCCCGCUACUACUACCUUUCUGAACUGCCUUAACACAGUCAGCUGUGGAAGAUCGUACCCGAAGUCAAGACCAGCUACAUUUGUCUUGUUUUUAAAUAGUAUUUGAGAUGAUCUUUAAUGAAAAGCGCUAUCUAAAAUAAAUGUACUAUUAUUAAACAGAAAUAGAGUUCCAGGUCACACUUUAUUUGUUUAGUUCCAAAUAAAUGAUUUACAGCCAGGCAUACUUUCGACCAACGAUCUGUUGAUAAUAACUGCUUGCUAAGGUUAUGGUUCGCUUAGAAUUCGUGUAAGGGUUACGUUUAGGGCUAGGGUUAGGAUAAGGGCAUGGGUUAUUGGAUAGCGGUAGUUAGUUGAAAUGUUGACCGUUAUUGAACAUCUACAAACCAUCUUCUUGGGACUAUCCAAAUAAAGUGUUACCGAAAUCCAUUCUAAACCUUGCUUAAUGGCAUUCUGCAGAUAUGGGACAUAAAGAAUCCCAUUUCUAUGCGACCGGGAGGGUCACAAUGCCAACGCUUCACAUGGAACUCCAGAACCCAAGAGAUAUGUCCAGAACUCUCAACAAAUCGUCAGUUCUUGAUCGACAAACAACGAGAGAUACAGCAUUAGCGAGAGAGACAGCAUUAUGGCGAGCUUUUCAUUAUUUCUCCCUCAAGACGGACAUUGUUAUUUUAAGGACAACGACGUUAACUCAGGGUGGAUCUCAAUGGUGACCCAACUCAACACCCUUGAAGGUCCAGAGUCAGAGAGUCAGAACAUCCAUCUGAGCUUUGUAAAGGUACUUGGCGACAAGUACCACUAUGCGAAUGCCAUCGACAGCUCUCUGCUCUGGACUGUUGGGUACACCCCCUACAUUCCCCCAGCUCUGAAAGGAAGAAGCUUCCCUUCUGCCGAGAGCCUCUUCCUGGAUGAGUGGGAGCCACUGACACUCCUGCAGACUCCUCAGGUUCUGUCCAGCAGUGUUUCCAUCGAGGAAGACAACCUGAUCCAGUCUGCUGCAGGCCUAGUGUCUCAGGUUCGGUCCACCAGUGUUGCCAUCGUGGAGAAUGACCUGAUCCAGUCUGCUGCAGGCCUAGUGUCUCAGGUUCUGUCCACCAGUGUUGCCAUCGUGGAAAAUGACCGGAUCCAGUCUGCUGCAGGCCUAGUGUCUCAGGUUCUGUCCACCAGUGUUGCCAUCAUGGAGAAUGACCUGAUCCAGUCUGCUGCAGGCCUAGUGUCUCAGGUUCUGUCCACCAGUGUUGCCAUCUUGGAGAAUGACCUGAUCCAGUCUGCUGCAGGCCUAGUGUCUCAGGUUCUGUCCACCAGUGUUGCCAUCGUGGAGAAUGACCUGAUCCAGUCUGCUGCAGGCCUAGUGUCUCAGGUUCUGUCCACCAGUGUUGCCAUCGAGGAAGACAACCUGAUCCAGUCUGCUGCAGGCCUAGUGUCUCAGGUUCUGUCCACCAGUGUUGCCAUCGUGGAGAACGACCUGAUCCAGUCUGCUGCAGGCCUAGUGUCUCAGGUUCUGUCCACCAGUGUUGUCAUUGUGGAGAAUGACCUGAUCCAGUCUGCUGCAGGCCUAGUGUCUCAGGUUCUGUCCACCAGUGUUUCCAUCGUGGAAAAUGACCUGAUCCAGUCUGCUGCAGGCCUAGUGUCUCAGGAUAAUGACUCCACACUGAGAGACUCCAACCAACCUGAGAUCCACGUGGGUGAUGUCUCAACCAAGAGAAGUAGACUUACCAUCACUAUUUCUAUGGUUUCAACCAAGAGUUGCCUUGUUGCUUUACAUGAAGUUGAUGCUAGUCCUACAAGCCUGGAGCAAUCUGCCGAGAAAAUAUCUACUUCUACUACCGAUGUCAACGACAUCUCAACUGUGGCUGCCAAGAAGAAGAAGAGGUGUAGAUUAUUCUCAUUUGUCUGGAGAGCUCUCAGGGGGAAGAACAAGAAGCCUCUAAGCUAAAGUGGCUUCCAAGAAAGAGGACGAAAUCAACAAGCAUGUGAGCAGCCUCACCUGCCACCACAACACCACACAGGGAGAUCACUGAUGCAGGCACCCACAAUGGUGUUCCUAUGUUUUAUCCCACUUUGUCUUCAUCCCCAAAUCCCUUUCCCCCACCCCACCCCACCUGUUUUAUCUUCAGUAAACCUUUUGUCAUUGCAUUUGACUGUGCUUUGUCUUCCAUUGGGAUCACUGUCAUUGAAAAGGGAAGGGGUUUCGUAGUUCAACUACUUGUCAAUAAAUCACUGGUUAACUUCAAAUUGAGACAACCGAGGCAAAGACGUUGUUGCUAAUGAGAUCAGUUAUAUCCACAUUUUCCUGGAGAAUAACAGGCAUUCUCGCUCAGGGCCUCAAGAUGGAGUAGUAAGCACAAUUAUAAUGGUUCCCCUCAUAAUGAUGCUUUUAUCAGCUGUUUGAUAUGGGGAUAUUCCCAUAUUAGUUAUUCCUGUGGGAGAUUUAUACCGGUGAAUAAGUAUGAUAAUUGGACAUGGAUUGUCUCUGGCUACUGAGGAUUUCCAUCAUACGAUUGUAGCCUAGGUUAUGAUUCUGUUAUGAGGUUUACAAUGUAGUUGUCUCCUUAGACAUGACUGACUCAUGGUAUUGAAAUCUAUUCCACCACAUUGAUGCAUCAUGUAAUAACCCAUGUGUGUAGGAGUUUAACCACAGGCUUAAUGUAGCCAAGGUGUCCAUGUAAUGCAAGUGUGUUUUCAGUUUGUUCUUUGUGAGCUAUUGCCAGAUGAAUAUAUAUAACAGAUGAUAUGACAAGGCUAUAGUUUUGUUUUCCCUCACUUUUCAAACCACCACCAACAAACACCAACCCUGUUCUCAAUUAAAUGCACCAUUGCAUUCAAUUUCUGAGGGCUCUUCCACAAAACAAUGUUAUGAGAAUGAAAUCUGAAACCAAUAGCCAUCUCCAUGAUUUAGGUUACAGCAAGAGGCUAAAAAUACCCAGUUCAGACUGGUAGUAGUCACGACCUAAAUUAUGACAGAAUUCUGCACCACUGAUAGUUGACGUCAAUACAGUACAGUCACUUCCUCGGUGACGUAAUCGAACGAACUCGGUCGGUAGCAUUGCCAUCUGGUGGAUGGACUCCGACUCGAGACCCGUAACAUUACGUCAUUGGAAAGGAACCGAUGCCAGUGUUUGGGUCUGGGUUUCAAUACAAACGGAUGAAUAGCCGACCAUUAGAACUGAUACUCGACAGCAACAACUUGAGCUACAAAUAAUUAGUGGUUUUGCGUAGGGGUUUUGACUUCAGUUCAUUGACGUUUAUGUAAAUUGUAUGUGCAUUUUAUGUUUAUGUGCAUUUUUGUUUAAUAUAUUUCAAAAGACAAGGGCUCGACAAUGAAGUGAAUGGAUAGAUAGUAAAAACAAGCAUUAGCUGAUAUAAAACUGUUGCAAUUAUGAUACUUAUGAGUUGUGCGUAAAUGUCUCUGUCCGUGGUGCUGAAAUGUUUUUCCUUCAUCGUGACUGAGAAACGCAUUGCAGGAUGUCCAUUGUACUGAUCCUUUUUGAUUAACAAUCAAAUAUGUCAUUCGACUAUACCGAUACACACUGUAUGUUCAUCCAGCUAUAUGUUAUGUUGAAAAUGGUUUGAAAUA